AUGAAUUCGUCACACAGUACUUGGCCAGUUUUUCUUAUUCCUUACAAUUUGCCACCAUGGUUGGUUAUGAAGCAACCAAAUUUUAUUCUUUCUUUAAUCAUCCCAGGUCCCAAUGGUCCAGGAAACAAGAUAGAUGUGUAUAUGCAACCUUUGAUAAAAGAAUUGAAGGAGUUAUGGGAAGAUGGAGUUUCUACAUUUGAUGCCUCAACGAAACAAUACUUCCAGUUGAAGGCAUCUAUUAUUUCUACCAUAUCUGACUUUCCAGGCUAUGCCAAUCUGUCCGGGUGGAGCACUAAAGGAGCACUUGCAUGUCCUGUAUGUGGUUUUGAUACCGAUUCCAAUUGGCUUAGUCACGGACGAAAGUACUGUUACAUGUGUCAUCGAAGGUGGCUUCCAUCUGACCAUCGUUGGCGUUCAGAUACAAGAUCCUUUGUUGGACACCAUGAAUUUAGAGUUGCUCCUAUUCCUUCUUCUGGAGAGGAGGUUCUACAACAACUAGAUAACACUGAAUUUCUUGUCGACAAGGAUGUCCCUGGUCCAUGGAAAAAGAAAAGUAAUUUUUUUAUGUUGCCAUAUUGGGAGCAUUUGUUGUUGCGUCACAAUCUUGAUGUUAUGCACAUUGAAAAGAAUGUUUGUGACAACAUAGUGGGGACUUUAUUGGGACAAGAAGGAAAGUCAAAAGAUAACUAUAAAACAAGACUUGACUUGCAACAAAUGGGUAUAAGAAAGGAACUGCAUCCAAAGAAGCGGCCUAGAAGUAAUAUCACCUUCAUGCCAAAAGCUUGCUAUCAAAUGACUCGGGGUGAAAAGACUGAAUUUUUAAAAACCCUUAAGUCAAUUAAACCUCCCGAUGAAUUUUCAUCUAAUAUCUCUCGAUGUGUACAGUUAAAUGAGUGCAAACUAAUUGGGAUGAAGAGUUAUGAUUGUCACUUGUUGAUGCAAGAAUUUUUGCCUAUUGCGUUACGUGGAACUUUACCAGACCAUGUAAGCUCGGCUAUAAUUGAAUUAUGCAAUUUUUUUAAGAUCAUUUGCUACAAGGAUUUAGCUGAUGUCGAUCUGCAUUUUAUUGAGUCUAAAGUUGCUGUCACUUUAUGCAAACUAGAGAAGAUAUUUCCUCCUUCAUUCUUUACUGUAAUGGUGCACUUGGUGAUCCAUUUAACAACAGAAGUUAAGCUUGGAGGUCCUGUUGCAUUUCGGUGGAUGUACCCUAUUGAAAGGGACCUUUUGAAACUUAAGUCAUACGUUCAUAAUAGAGCUCAUCCUGAAGGAUCAAUUGCUGAAGGUUAUUUAGCUGAGGAAAGUAUAACAUUUUGCUCUAGGUAUCUAUCAAAAGUAGAAACCGUCUUCACUAGAGCAAUUAGGAAUGAUGAUGAGGGUCACCAAAAUCACAUUGAAGAAUCCAACAAUCUUUGUCCCGGUCGUGCCAUAGGUCAUAAAUUGCAUUCGGGCGUAUCUAUUCGCAAAAGAAGGAGAUCUUCAAAUUCAAACAUUGAUGAGAAGUCUCUCACUCAAGCACAUCGUUAUGUAUUAUUCAAUGUUGAGGAUCACAAACUCAUAAUCAAGGGACAAAACCGUUCUCGUCGGAUGCCAGAUUAUGAAAUGAACAAGAUUCACUGCCAACAGUUUGCUGGUUGGUUCAAGAAAAGGGUUGCACGUAUGGAAGAGCAAGGGGAUGAUGUAACGGAAGAGAUAAAAUGGCUUGCUCGUGGUCCACUUAAAAGUGUGAAACGAUACUCUGGUUACCUUGUUAAGGGUUAUCGUUUUCACACAAGAAAACGAGAGAAAUCACUAAGAACCCAAAAUAGUGGUGUCGUUGUUACUGUAGAAGGUGCAAGUUACGCUAGUAGUCGAGAUAGAAGGCCUGUUCAUGGUGUGACUAACUACUUUGGUAAAUUGAAUGACAUUAUUGAGUUAAACUACUCAGGUCAAAUCCGAGUAGUUUUAUUCAAAUGUGAUUGGGUUGACAUCAAUAGGGGCUGCAAGAUAGAUAAUGGUUUAACAUUGGUUAAUUUCUCAUACAAGGCACAUACAGGGGCUAAUUUAAUGGAUGAUCCAUUUGUAUUGGCAGCACAAGUUGAUAAGGUGUUCUAUAUAACAGAUCCCAAGCACAAAGAUUGGGAGGUCGUGAGACAUGUAAAAGUAAGAGAUGUAUUUGACAUGGGAAGUGUUGAUGAUCAAGUUGGUCCUUAUUCGAAUGAUUGCACAUUUGAUGUGCCUAACUUGCAUAGGAUUGGGGAUGAUGGUGAAGAUGGCAUAGACAUUACGCCCGAUAUGGAAUGUGAAGUAGAUGUUGAAGAAAACGACGAUGAGGGCUCGGGUUAA